AUGGCGACGAUGUUUUUGUCUGCAGAUGCGGGCAAGACAUGGGAAAAGUCUGGAAAGUCAGAGUUUAUAAAGUCAUGUCGAGCGCUGGGGCUGGAGAGUGUUUAUAGUCAGAAUAAGAAGAGCCUACAGAGGGCGCUGUAUGAGUUGUGUAAUGGGGUCGUAAAGGGAAUGAUUAAAGAAGACCAAUGUGUGUCCACUCUGAUGGAAAUAGAUGAUCAUGUUAAAGGAAUCAGCUCUGUUGUGGCCGACGUUUUGUCAAUUCUUGAUGUGGAAACGAGUUGCCAUGACGAUAAAACAACCAGAGAAAGAUGCAUAUCUCUAUUAGCUGCCUGCUGCUCUCUUAUAACUGAACCAUUGAUGAAAGAAAGGUUUGAUCUAGAGACGUUAGAAGCUAUACAUGUAAUACAAUCAAAACAACUAUUUCAACAGAGAUAUGUUAAAACUAAAACCAGGUUAUACUAUAAACAACAGAAGUUUAAUUUAUUACGAGAGGAAAGUGAAGGUUAUUCUAAACUGGUAGCUGAACUAAAUCAAGAAAUAACAGAUAAAAUAACAUAUACACAAGUUCUAGAAAACAUCAAAUCAUUGAUAGGAUGUUUUGAUUUAGAUCCUAACCGUGUAUUAGAUAUUAUGUUAGAAGCGUUCGAGUGUAAUCUGGAGUCUGAAGAUUUCUACGUACCGUUAUUACGAUCUUAUAUGACUGAUAAAUCAACCCUCUGUCAGGUUAUGGGAUUCAGAUUUCAUUUUUAUGAGCCGACGCAGGGAAUGGAGACGCCAUCAUCUCUAUAUAAAGUUACAGCAUUGUUAUUAAAACAUGAUUUAUUGGACCUUAACGAACUUUAUCCUCAUUUGUUACCAGAAGACAGUGCCAUUGUAGAUUUUCACAAGACAGAAUUAAGUGAUGCUAGAACGUACGCUAAGAAAAUGAAUCUAGUUAUAUUAUCUGAUAAGAAAGAUGAAGACAAGGAUAAAGAAGAUUUAACUAAAACUGAUCUGAGAGAAAAUAAUCAGAAACUAGGAAUCUGUGUGGCGUUAUUAAAGAUUGGUGUAUGGGAACAUGCCAGGAGUAUUCUAGAUAAACUACCUGAGUUUUUCCCUGGAUCUCAUCCCCCUAUAGCUAGAGCUCUCUGUUCAUUAGUUCAUCAAGUUAUAGAGCCUCUUUAUAGAAGUAACACUAUGUUACCACCCCAGCUGUGUAAGAAGAAAGUAAAUAUAGAUCAACUGUGUAUAUCUCCUGUACAAUCAUAUCGUGAAUUAUAUGAUACUGCCUUCCCUAUGUUAUAUUAUCUUGGUGCUCAUACUUCUAUUGAUCCUGUUUUAUUUAUGAAGCUAGUUCGACUCGGUAAAACUUAUAUGAUUAAGAGGAAUAAUAAAGAAGUGAAAGUAUCAGAUGAUAUAGCGUAUUAUGGUUUCCUCAAUAUUCUAGAUUGUGUGAUAUUCCCCAGCCUGUCUUUAUUAACUAGUAACUGUUCAUUAUCAGAGGAACUCUGGUCUUUACUUAAACUUUACCCUUAUGAAAUCAGAUAUCGGCUAUAUGGUAGAUGGAAGAAUGAACUCUAUUCUCAACAAUCCUGUCUAGUUCGAUCUAAAGCUGAUUGUCUUGAAAAAACUAAAUAUAUCAUGAAACGUCUGGCCAAGGAAAAUGUAAAACAAUCAGGAAGACAGUUGGGAAAACUGUGUCAUAGUAAUCCUGCCAUUGUCUUUGAAUUUGUUUUAUCUCAGAUUCAGAGAUACGAUAAUUUUAUUGGACCAGUUGUAGAUUGUUUAAAAUAUCAGACUUCACUAUCUUACGAUGUUUUAACUUAUUGUAUAAUAGAAGCUGUAGCUAACCCAGAGAAAGAGAGAUUGAAGGUUGAUGACACCAAUAUAUCUUUAUGGCUAGCAAGUUUAGCUAACUUUGCUGGGAUGAUUUGUCGUAAAUAUACAGUAGAGUUAUCUGGAUUGAUGCAGUACGUAGCCAAUCAACUCAAAGCUGGAAAGAGUUUUGAUCUGUUAUUACUGAGAGAAAUUGUAACCAAGAUGGCUGGUAUCGAGGUAUCGGAAGAAGUCACCAAUGAUCAACUAGAAGCCAUGUCAGGUGGAGAACUCCUUAGACAAGAGGGAGGUUAUUUUGCCCAAGUUAGAAACACGAAGAAAUCGUCGACCAGAUUAAAAGAAACAUUACUAGAACACGAUCUAGCCUUGUCUUUAUGUAUAUUGAUGGCCCAACAGCGUGAUAGCGUCAUUUAUAAAGAGGAUGUUAACAGACAUUUAAAAUUAGUUGGUAAACUGUACGAUCAGUGUCAAGAUACGCUGUGUCAGUUUGGUUCGUUUUUAUCUAUGUCAUUAAGUACAGAAGAGUUUGUAAAACGAUUACCAACAAUAGACGUCCUAGUAACAGAAUAUCACGUUCCACCUGAUGCAGCAUUUUUUCUUACUAGACCUCAAUAUACACAUCUUAUUAAUGUACGAUAUGAAGAACUCAGGAAAAUAGACAAAGUUAAUAAAACAUCUAGCUCUAGUCACAAUAAGACCAGUAGAUAUAUCGACGCCUCAGAAGAAAUUAUGAAACCAGCAGCUGAUACUGUCAGACAAAUUUACGAUGAUAAAAUUUGGGAUGAUCUCAGUCCUCAGUUCUAUGCUACAUUUUGGUCGUUAUCCAUGUACGAUUUAUUCACACCGAAACACGCCUACGAGAAACAGAGCCAGUCAUUGACCAAUCAGAUUCUAGCUAUAGAGGACAAUAGAGAUAUGCCUCACAGCAAGAAAAAGAAAGAGAAAGAAAGAUGUCAGAAAUUACUUGAUAAUCUAAAAGAAGAAGAAAAGAAACAAAAUGAUCACGUCAGUCGAGUUUUAGCAAGAUUGGAAAAAUCACGAGAUCAGUGGUUUCUCUCACUUGCUACGAAGAAUGAAGCCAUUACUCAUUUUCUCCAGCUCUGUGUCUUUCCACGCUGUAUUUUUACUGCUAGCGAUGCUGUUUAUUGUUCUAAAUUUAUACAUAUCUUACAUCAACUGAAAACACCCAAUUUCUCUACUUUACUCUGUUAUGAUCGGAUAUUUUGUGAUAUUACGUACUGUGUUACUAGCUGUACGGAGAAUGAAGCUCAUCGCUAUGGAAGAUUUUUAUGUACAACUCUGGAUACAGUAAUGAGAUGGCAUAAAGAUAAGGCUGCUUAUGAAAAGGAAUGUGCGACGUACCCUGGUUUUGUAGCCGUAUUUAGAAAAGGUACAGAUAGCAGUAAUAAUCAAUUUGAUCAGUUAGAUUUCGAGAAUUAUAGACAUGUCUGUCAUAAAUGGCAUUUUAGAAUUACAAAGUCGAUGGUAACGAGCCUGGAAUCGGGUAAUUAUAUACAGAUACGAAACUCAUUGAUAGUUUUAACCAGGGUAUUACCACACUAUCCUAGAAUUCUACAGUUCUGUCAGGCGGUAGAGAGACGAGUUGAUAGACUAGGUAAGGAGGAGAAAGACAAACGACCAGAUAUUUACGCUCUAGCCAUGGGUUACGCUGGUCAGUUGAAGAAUACCAAGUCAACCUGGAUUCCUGAUCAUGAGUUUCGUAUUAAAGACAAGGAAGCUGUGAGUAUUAACAUAUUAUCUGUUAUAAUUCUAUUGAGAGAUUAUUAA